AAACAGCUUCAUUUGCUGCACGGCCAAAGUAGAAAAAGCAGAGAGAAACAUGGGGAGAACCACUCUGCUUCUCAUCUCUGUGGUCCUUGUAGCUUAUUAUGUUUAUACCCCUCUUCCAGGUGAUAUUGAGGAGCCUUGGAAACUGGUACUCGAAAUAACACCACAAAACGUAUUCGUGGAUAUGGCUUCUACUGCUGAACUUCUGGGAAUCAAUCAUCUCAUGAGCACAAUACAAUUGUUUAGUAGAUUUCUAGAAGUCCCAGCUACUUCUGAUGAAAAUGUCACUGUAAUAGACACAGCUUUCAGCAGUGUUCCUGUUCGCAUAUACAUGCCCAAAAGGAAGUCAGAGACGCUAAGGAGGGGCCUGUUUUAUAUUCACGGUGGUGGCUGGUGUUUGGGGAGUGCAGCUACUUCUAUAUAUGAUCUUCUGGCAAGAAAGACAGCUGAUAGACUCGAUGCUAUUGUCGUGUCAACUGACUAUGGCUUGGCCCCCAAAUAUCAUUUCCCACGUCAGUUUGAAGAUGUAUACAAUGCCUUGCGAUGGUUCUUACAGGAAGACGUUCUUGAAAGAUACGGCGUAGAUCCUCGAAGAGUUGGUGUAGCUGGGGACAGUGCUGGUGGGAACUUAGCAGCAGCUGUGACCCAACAGCUCAUACAGGAUCCAGACGUCAAGACGAAACUCAAGGUUCAGGCCUUAGUAUAUCCAGCCCUUCAGGCUCUUGAUAUAAAUUUACCAUCGUAUCAAGAAGGUUCAUAUUUUCCAAUGUUAUCCCCCUCAUUUAUGGCCAGGUUUUGGAGUGAAUACUUUACUACAGAUCGAACCCUGGAGAAAGCCAUGCUUCUCAAGCAACAUGUACCUCUGGAAUCCAUUCAUCUGUUCCAAUUUGUGAACUGGAGUUCCUUACUCCCUGAGAGAUAUAAGAAAGGUCACAUCUAUAAGAUUCCAACUCCUGGUAGUUAUGAACUGUCUAAAAAGUACCCAGGGUUCCUAGAUGUGAAGGCAUGCCCUCUGUUGGCCAACGACAACACUUUGAGUCUCUUACCUCUGACCUAUAUCAUCACUUGUCAGUAUGAUGUCCUAAGAGAUGAUGGACUCAUGUAUGUCACACGGCUUCAGAAUGUUGGAGUUCAUGUGACGCAUCACCACAUUGAGGAUGGAUUCCAUGGAGCAUUUACCCUUCAUGAUUUUAAAAUUGCACACAGGAUGCAAAAUCAGUACUUGAAUUGGCUUAUGAAAAAUCUAUAGCAAAACCUACUUAAUGAUUUGAUGAUGAUACAUAAAUAACAAAAAAGAAAUAAACUAGGAAAAACUGUGA